AUGGUCGCUUGGGAUGGCGUACUAGCUCUAUUGCAGUGGCAGCAUAUUCGUCAUGGCAAGAUGGAUGAUGCUGCAUUGCUACAAACUGGCAUAAAGUUGCUGCAACCUGACAAUAAUGCGCAAUAUGGUUUAGAGAGCGCGAUAAAUCGUGCCGAACGCGCCUUCAACUUACCCUGGCAACGAAUAGCCUCAGAAGUUUUGCAGUUUGCAUUAUAUGUAGUCACGAAAUCCAAGCAGAACGAUGAAUACCCGAUACAUCAAGCGCUGCGGUUGCUGCAGAUGUCACUAAAUGUUUUUGCCAUCAGAGGUGAUACACAACUAACUUCUUUAUCACUGAAUUCAUGCAAUCUGCUGCUUUCGGCGCUGGCUGAAAUUCUGGAGGAUGUCCAGCAUGAUGAAAACUCAUUGCAGACACUACAAGAUGUCACAUCUGUUUUUUGCUUCCUUUUUGGAUUCCCUACUGGUAGCUUCCAAUUGUAUCGCCCACCCACGAAUGUAUAUGCGGAAUUUCUUAGACGAGCGCUAACGGCGCUUUUUCAGGCUUUAACGUAUUCUGAGAAAAAUUGCCAAACAGCACUCAAGAUGCAGCAUCAACAGACUUACGUGAAACUGGUGCAUGCGACACUGUUCGUGUUUCAAAAGCUGCAGAAAACGCAAUCAAACAAGAAGAAGGUUUUUUCAGCCAUUGCCAAGACUUCCCUAAAAGACUUUGUGUCUUAUCGUCACGCUCUUUUGACAUUUCAUAAGAUGAAAAUUAUUGGUGUGGAAGCGGUAGUGGCAUUACUGGAUGAUAUUGUGGACGACGCAUUAUUUAGUAUUGAGCAUAUUUGUCAAUAUCAUAGCGCUAUGGUGUAUUGUGCCAUUUGGAAGACGGAGAGAAACAAAAAUAAUGAGACACAUGAUAAACUGAACAAGACAGCAACAAGGAAACGCCGGAUAGCAAGUGGAUCAAAGGCGACGUUGGGAUUAAUCUCGUAUCAAAAGAACCUUUUUGAUGGACUAUUCAAUUUACUAUUGGAUCAAGAUUUACCGCAGGGGCUAAAAAAAUCAGUAGGCGAGUUCUUUAACAUGCUUGUACAUAAAUUUACCAUUCGUAUUCGUGCUGCCGCCACAACGAAGAUCGAGGAUACCAAAACGGACUUGAAGACAAGUCGAAAGCGCACAGCUGUUGUCAUUGCCGCCACAUCAACCGAUCAAUCCCCCUUAAAAUUUUGGUGUGAGCUCAAUGCCGUGGCAUAUUCAGCUUUUCAACGCGCUACAAUAAAGCAGGAUUUUCUCCCAGUCCUGGUUUCCAUUUUCAAUGCGUUGUUUCGUGCACUAUGUGAAUGUGAUUUGUACCGUGUGACGGAAGAUACAGAAGAGCGUGAGCACUUUUGCACAAUGGAGAAAGUGCUUAUUUCGUUUAUAGAGGUGCUGAAUAUUGAGCAUGAGGGUGAGAUCACCAAAUGUGUUACUCGAGCUUCAGAAGAAUGUGAAAUUGUCUCCAACGCUGCACGAUGCUCACCGAAUCUUUUCAACAAUUGUCUAGUAGCAAUUUUCGAGCUGCUAGGAGUACAAGCGGGCAGAAUUUUUUUGCUGACAGAAAAUGAAUGUACCAAACGAUAUUUAUCGGCAGUGAGCAAUGCAAUGGUAGAGCUGAUUCACGCCUAUUUCUCAAUGCGUCGUUUAGAUGUGUUUUUGAAGUCAGCUUUCACUAUUCAGCGAGCACACGAAGGAUUAUACAAAUUGUUGAUGCUACCUUCCUGUGAUCUCGCUUUACGUAAAGCAUUUAUUGCCCUGCCACCAGGUCAAAUGGACGUACUUUGGAACGUAUGUGUCAAGCGGAUUGCUUCAUUCGCAUCGUCCGAAGAUGGUGGUCAAAGUGUCCAUGCUGUUGCUAUUGCUCGUCUGCUAUUUCAGACAUAUCUUCAAGAAUUUUACGUGGUGUCGCAGUACCGCUCAAAAAUUUCCGGACUUAUAUAUGAGACUUACACCCAACUCUUUCCUGAGAUCGUUGAGAAACUGGAUAGCUUUGCAAAACCAUUAACUUUCUAUCAGCGCGAGCUCUUUUGUAUUCUUGGGGAGCUCACGACAUUUGUUUCUACUUUAGAUGCUUGGGUUCGUGAAAAAACGUUUGACCGCAUGUUUUCCAAGCUGCAUGAUGAUCGAUUUAGCGAAGUGAUGAAACAGCUUCUGAGCAUUGAUUCAUCAGGCCAUAAGAAUGAGAAAUGUGGUAAACUAAGUAAACUUUCUGAUGGCAAAGUAUGCAUGAUUAGCUCUGGCCAUGGACCUGCUGCUCUCGGGUUUGUUAAACUCUGUGUGUUUUGGCUACGUAGAAUGGAUGUCUGGGGCAAAAGAGCAAAUUCUGCUGCUCAGGUAGCCUGCGAAAGUCGAGAGAUUGUGAACCGGCUGUUAGUGAAGUAUGUCAUUCACUGGAAGUGCUGGGAAGCCGUGAGCUUCUAUCUGCCGGAGCUGAUGGCGAAUGGUGGCAACAACGAGUGUGAUUACUUUUUCCGUGAAAUUAUUAAAAGUUUUAUCAGUGAAGUAGGAGAAAAAAAGCUUGAUGGGUCCGCCGGGCGAAUUCUUUGCGAUGCUGGAUUUUAUGAAAUUGCAACUCUACAGAAGGUUGCGCCCGAGUCGCUAAAUACAAUCGUUCUGGAAUUUGUGGACAGAGUGAAAAGUGCAUCAUUAAAUUGUGUAAAAGACGCACUUAUUUUUUUUGAAUUCGUAUCAAGUUUCCCAGUGAAUUAUCUUAAACCGGAAGAUUGCGGCAACUUGCUCGUGGCAGUAUUAAAACUUUACGAAGCUAUUAGCACGCCUGAAUGCAAAGCGUUACCUAGCAAGCCAGAAUUAUGUCAGGCCAUGCUAACUUGGAUUCAGCUGCACUUUAAACUUGUUGGCAAGAAAAUCUACCGGGCAUUUCCAGCGCUUGUCGAGCAGCUACAUAAAGGGAGUCGCUUAAUUUUUAUUCACCUUGAAGCUGACGAUUCUAUAAGCGUAUCUUUAAUUUCGGAGGUGCUAGGAUAUUGUUUGGAUAUCGGGGCCCAAGUAGUUGUCGAUGAGCUGUUGAAUAGUGUUGUGAUCAAAAACUUUGAGACAGAAGAUUAUACAACGAUGACAGGGAAAGUGAAGCGUGCUGCAAUGGUUGUCGAAGCGCUUGUUGCGUACCGAAGUACGACUCUAUCAGAUAUUUCUGUAGAAGAGAAGAAGUUUGUUGAGAAAUUCGUGGAAUUUGUAACCCAAGAUAGAGUAUGCGAGAUGGAAAGCCCAAUGUCAUACACAGUACUCGCUGCUCUCAUCAAGUAUCAGUCAUUUCUUCAUAAGAAAGCUCGCUGUCAUAAAUAUCAGCCGUCAACUCCCCUUCAUAGUCCGCUAUUAUCAUUGCUUGUAAAGAACGUUGGAAAAGCUUUGGCGGCUUCAAGAAUGCUUGUUAAAACUGAUCUACGGGACAGUAUGGAGUCUCAAAGCGCUGCUUGGUUGUUUUUUGCAAGCUUCUGCAAAGAGUACGCCUCGUUUCGGACGUUCUUGCCUCCUUUGAAGACUUUUGGAUAUUUAACAGCCAUUUCGCUCUCACUUGUAACACGUGAUUGUCCUGAUGUGAAGAUGGAGCAGGCUUUGCUAGAUGUGAUUACUAAUGCGAACACAGAUGAACUCUCUUUACUGUUGUCGACAAUUUUGCACGAGCUUGUAGCGCAUGAAAAUCGACGGAAGCUGAAUGCUCUGCGUGCCAUGUGCCUGCUGUUAAGUGGUGAUCGAAAAAUCAAUGCCUCGCGUCGGCUGUUGUUAAAUGAACGCAAAGAUAUGAUCGUUGAGGCCUUGCUACAGAAUUUUGCUGUUCAUUUGAUGCACGAUAAUGUUGUCCAUGCAGAUCCUACUAUAGAUGCUAAGACGCUGUGCAUUUGGAAUCUGAAGUCCUUUGUGCUUGUUUUCUGCAAGCCAGAGCUUUUUACAUGGAACAGUUAUGAGUUUCCGCAUGUUAUCACAGCAUUCCAGCCGCUUGUUGUGGCUGUAUCGUGUUGGGAAGCCGGAAACAAUCUUUGUAACGUACAAGAACUUCAUGAACUGUGGACAAGUUCGUACACACUACUCCUGCGUGUUGUGCGUCAUUACUUCUCGUCCCUGGCAGAUGGCAUCCACCAUCUUGUUCAGGCAGCAAACGCUCUUCUUCGUUUGCUUGUGCUAUCGUCUGCAAGCUCAGAAUAUUCAAAAUAUUGCUCCGACUGGUGCUCAAAUCUGGCACGGUUGUACGGUUAUAUGAAGGAGCACGAUGUUCAGCUUCGCAAGCACGUUGUAUAUCUUCUGAUGGCAUUUAUUCUAAGUGUAACUCGCGAUAAGUUACCUGUGCAAUACCAGCAAAAGCUACGACCCGGUAUCUUUGCCUUGCUAGAUGUUUGUUCUCCGUUUGAGAAAGAGCAGCUGUUCGGAGCGUUGGAUUCCACCGGAAAAUCUCUUUUAAAGACUUUGGACACAAAUUACAAGCUAACGCACCGCUACGUAGGCAAAGUGUAA